CGUCAAACUUGUAGAAACCGGUGACCUUCAUCAAGAGGCCUCCACUCGGGCAGUCACCAAUUGAUUGCGCCGUUGUCCUGUCGUCCGCCCGCCCCGUCAAAAGACAGCCAGACUGUCUGCCUGCCGCUUUCUGGCAGGGUUGGCACGGAGCACCAGUGAAUCUUUCCCCCUCCAAUUCUGCAGCCACCGGAGAGACCAACCCAGAAACCCUCAAAUAAACUGCUGCAAAGCAAAUAACGUCACAACCUAAACCCCAGCCUAUCGGCCUACGAUUUUGGCUCUUGGAACACGGCGAGGCAAGAGGAGAAAGAAAAAAAAAAAUUAGUUAAAAGAAAAAAAAUUAUACCAGCCCCAAGGCCACCCUAACCUUUUGACAAGGCUUCGGUAGUAUUUCUUAUCAUUGCUCCGGCGAGCACUGGCCGAGUUGCUGCCCGCCAAUCCCGGCGCUGAAGUCCAUCACGAUGGCAGAAUAUCAGCAGCAUCGGAGACCGGGGCCUGGCCAGGAGCAGCCACCUCGGUCACCCGAUUACGGCCGAUCCAACAACGACUUCCAACGCGAGGCCGCCUUUUCUAACAUAUUCGGCGCCGUCCCGGGCCCUGGUCGAUCGCACACCAUGACAUCGUCAUCCAUGCCCCCGCCCGAGCUCAUGCAGCAGCAUCAGCAGCAAGCCCGAACUCAGACAAUGGGAGGAGGAAUGCAGCGGCCGCCCCCGCCUAGGAUGCCUCAGGGUGGUCCUUACGGAGACCAACCGAUGCCUCCCCGCAACAGGCCACCGAUGGACGACCCUCGGAUGCAUCAGCAGCAAAACGGAUAUUAUCCAGGUCCGCAGCAGCGACCACCUCCCCAACAGGUUCCAUCACAGCAGUAUCAACAGCAGCAGCAACAGCAACAACAAGCAAGACGCUAUCCGGGCCAACAGCAACCGCCUCGCUUUGACUCUAGACCUCCGCCUCCCAUGAACGGCUAUAAUAAUGGCAUGAGACCUCCGCCUCCAAGGUUUCACUCAGGAGGCGGUGGCCCUGGAGUUCCCCCGCCAGCACUCAACUCGGACUCGUACCGAACCCAGUCGCUCGCGAGUGCUCCAAGACCCCAGAUGUAUCAUCCGCCUCCGAAUGCCUACCAGCAAUCGCCUGCAAACGCUUUCCGUCACGCACCUUAUAAUGCUCCAACCCCGAAUCCGAGCGCUCCUCAUUCGGCCAGGACGACGGCGCAGGGUCGCGUCGUUCCCGAUAGGCAUGACGACCGUGCCAUGUCCAUGAGCGGAGGCUACUCGUCACACGACAGAGAUGCGCAUCAGACCAUGAGCGGACGCAUAAUACCGAACCGCAGGCCAGGUGCCCCGCCGACAGAUACUUCUCCGACCUACCAUGGUUUUGCGAAUGGAUAUACGCCAGCUCCAGGUUCACAAACAAGGACGACCAGCAUGGCUUCCUCCGCCAGUGGCAGUAAUGAUAGAACCAUGUCUAUGGCUUCAACGAUAGCACCUUCCAUCGCCGCUAGCGACAAGACAGACUCUAACACCUUGGUACACCGCCCAUCGGUUGCACGAUCCGUCGAGAGUGAGAGGCCUACGACGGCCAAGGUCCGACCACCGUUGGUAUAUCCUGCGCUAUUGUCUCGCGUGGCCGAGUGUUUCAAGCAGAAAAUCAUUACUGGCGACAAGACCAAGAACGGUUUGACGUACAAGAACGCCUUUACAGGUAGCGAGGCAGUGGAUGUCCUUUCGUAUAUUAUUCGGACGACUGAUAGGAAUCUGGCUCUGCUUCUUGGUCGCGCUCUUGACGCCCAAAAAUUCUUCCACGAUGUUACUUAUGAACACAGGCUACGCGACUCCUCGACGGAGAUGUACCAGUUCAAGGAGACCAUGACAGAAGAACAGGAGGAUGCCGGAACAUCGGUCAACGGUGUCUUUGUACUGCUGUCCGAAUGCUAUUCCCCAACAUGCACCCGCGAUCAGCUGUGCUACAGCAUUGCCUGCCCUCGCCGCCUCGAACAGGUUUCCAGGUUGAACUUGAAGAUGGGUCCAGGUCUGAAGGACGAGUCUGCUCCAGUAGUCGGCGAGGACGACAUUGACCAAACCGACGAGCAGAAGCUCUGGAUCAACACGGUUCCCAAAGAGAUUGCCGAGCGCGUCAGCGACAAGGAGAAGAAACGCCAGGAGGUCAUAUCCGAGAUAUGCUAUACCGAAAGGGACUUUGUCAAGGAUCUUGAGUACCUGCGUGACUUUUGGAUCAACCCCUUGCGCUCCAAAAACUCUCCCAUUGCUGCACAUCGAAGGGAGGAGGUUGUGCGCAAAAUCUUUAGCAACAUCAUCGAUCAUCCUUCCAUUCACGGCGUCAGCUCCCGCUUUGCCAAGGCUCUUACGGACCGACAACAAAAGGACCCGGUUGUCUCUAAUAUUGGCGACAUUUUUAAGGAGUUCGUGCCUCAGUUCGAGCCUUUUAUCCUCUACGGUUCCAAGCAGCUCGAGGCCAAGUUUGAGUUUGAGAAUGAGCGGUCGAACAACCCGCUGUUUGCGCGAUUUGUGGACGAGAUUGAGAGGCGCAAGGAGUCGAGAAAACUGGAACUCAACGGCUACCUCACCAAGCCGACGACACGUCUGGCCAGAUACCCUCUUCUGUUGGAGAAUGUUUGCAAGUACACAGUGGACGACAGUUCGGAUAAGACAGACAUUCCCAAGGUCAUGAAGAUGAUCAAGGACCUCCUGGCAAGAGUCAACGCCGAGUCCGGAAAGGCCGAGAAUCGGUUUACGCUCAGGCGGCUUAACGAGCAACUCAAAUUCAGACCCAAUGAGAGGGUGGACCUUAGACUGACGGACGAGGGCAGAGAGUUGGUGUUCAAGAGCCAGAUGAAGAAAUCGCCAACCGAAUCAGCAGAUAUCACGGCAUUUUUGUUUGAUCAUGCCGUACUACUGGCACGUAUCAAGACUGUGGGCAAGGUUGAGGAGACCAAAGCGUACCGUAGGCCCAUUCCUCUGGAACUGUUGAUGAUCAAGGAGAUGGAGGAAGUCAUUCCCUCGUCAGGACCGAAGAGGUCUUCUAGCAGUUUAUUGCCGUUGAGGAGCGCCAACACGAGCACAAGCAAGUCGGAAGGAUGGCCGAUUACGUUCAAGCAUCUGGGCAAGGCCGGUUAUGAGUUGACUCUGUACGCGACGAACCAGUCUGCACGCCAGAAGUGGCUAGAGUACAUUGCCGCAGCACAAGAACGGCUUAGGGCCCGGGCAGACUUCUUGAACAUGACGACGAUUUCGUCGGGCUUCUUUGGCCCAGCUAACAAAGUCAACUGUUGCGUACCAUAUGACGGUGGCCGAAAGCUGGUCUACGGCACGGAUACAGGCAUCUUUAUCUCAGACCGCCGCUCUAGGACACCAACCAACCCCAAGCGUGUCAUCGAGACGCAGAACGUGACCCAAGUCGACGUGCUUGAGGAAUAUAACAUGCUACUGGUGCUCUCCAAUAAGACACUAUACAACUAUCCCAUUUCUGCUCUCGACUCGCCUGAGCCUUCGAGCAACAAGAAGGGUAAGAAGAUCCAGAGCCACUGCAUAUUCUUCCGGGCUGGUAUAUGCUUGGGCAGGCACCUAGUCUGUUGCGUGAAGUGGUCGGCCAUCACCACCACAGUAAAGGUUUACGAACCAAACGACGCCAUGAGCAAGACACGGAAGCAGAAGGGUUUGGGCAAGAUGUUCAAUGCCGGGCAGGACGAGCUCAAGGCCUUCAAGGAGUUCUACAUUCCGACAGAGACGACGAGCGUGCACUUCCUCAAGUCGAAGCUCUGCGUGGCGUGUGCGCGUGGGUUCGAGGUGGUGGCUCUGGAGACGCUGGAGACGCAGUCACUACUCGACCAGGCAGACACAUCCCUCGACUUUGUGGCACGCAAGGAGGGUGUCAAGCCAAUUCACAUCGAGCGACUCAACGGCGAGUUCUUGCUCAACUACAGCGAGUUCUCCUUCUUUGUCAAUCGCAACGGAUGGCGCGCUCGGCCUGGAUGGCGAAUCGACUGGGAGGGUACACCGCAAAGCUUUGCGCUCAGUUACCCCUGGAUUCUGGCGUUUGAGCCCAACUUUAUCGAGCUCAGGCAUAUCGACAGCGGUGCGGUUCACAUUGUGCCGCACCGAAACAUCAGGAUGCUUCACAGCAGCACGCAUGAGAUCAUUUUUGCGUAUGAGGACGAGAGGGGCGAAGACGUCGUCGAGGCGCUCGACUUCUGGAAAAGUCAGCGCAGGUCCGAGGUACCGACCAGCCCGGAACGAGCGGCUGCGGCGGCGACCGCCGCCUCGGAGGCAGGACCUGUGCCGAACCACAGGUAGUUUGUUCUGGGGAGGAUGCGUUGAGUGUUUUUAUAGAAAGGGAUUGACGUCGCAUUUUUUUGUUUUUUUAUCUCAACAGCGGGUUCAUGUGGCUUCUCUGAUUCAAUUCACCUUGAUUGUUUUUUUCAACUUUCUUUUUCUUUUUUCUUUUCCGGCCCUUUCUUCCAUUUUAAUACCUUUUUUGGUUCAUGUGGCCUACUUUUUGCAUGUAAACAAGGGUCUUUUUGUGCAUCUCUUCUUUCCCGUUCUCUGUUUCUUUGUGGACGUAAAUUGAAGAGGAAUCGAGUUUGAGAGAUGAGCGAGUUAAGGUCUGGCACGUCCAGCUUUUGUUUGUUUUUUUUCGUGACACGAGAAAUUCUUGUCGACCUGCAGGUUGGGGAGGGCGGGUUCUUUUACACCAUCGUUUUGUUACUGUCCGAGGGAUGGGGAGACAUGGAUCUAAGCUGUUUAUUCUCUCUUUUCUUUUUCUUGGCUGCUGGAAAUUCUUCAUCGUUUAUUGUUUUGCCAAAAUGGGGAGGCGUUUUCUUUUUCUUUUUCUCUCUUGCUUUUCCUUUUUAUUUUUUUUUCUUGCGGAGUAUUAAGUCAAAAUUCAAUAUCUUGCCCCAUGUGGUGUCGUUGUUUACUACAACAGAACUUGGCCUUUCGGGAAACAAGUUGACAGUCUUGCCAAGAGAGACCGAACCGAACAUCUUGGCAAAACUGCCCGUCUGUUACGGGUUUAGUGGAGAUUUUACCAUGGCUUUCGUUGUGG